CCCGCCCUUCUAGCGAAGCCCAGGGUUGAUAACUGCCGGCUCACCCGGGCAAUCGCAAGCGCGACCGCCCGUAAUGGCUCCAGAUUCUUAGCCAACCUCUGUAUAGACUUAGAAUUUCAUCAUAACCGACAUCGCCAUGCCCGGAACAUACCCAUCCCCGAGACCGACGGUACCACGCGAGCGUGGCAAAUCGUGGAAAAAUGAGAGGAACUACAAAAAGGCCAUGGGCCAUGGCCACAAUCAAAGUGGAACUAUAAAAAGCCAUGCCCUCCGGAUCGCGUUGAAGGGAACCAAACACUUGUUUCUCUUUCCCUUCUGGUUCAACCAAACGCCCAGGCAGCAGAAACCCUCUCUACCUUCGCCUCGGGAUUACUACCCGUCAGAAAAGCGCCCACUUUCUCCUGAAUAUUGGGAUAUAGCGGACGUCAAACACUCUCAAAUGCCUUUGGAUGAGCCAGCUAAGAAAGAGAGGGUGUCGCAUGAAAUUCGCGAGGGCUUCCAGCACACCGAAUUGUGUGAGAGAUUAACGGGAGCUAAUCAGACCGUGCCUGCUACUAAUCCAAGAAAGCGCGAUGAUCAGGAGGGUGUUUUGAAAUUUGAUUUUAUCUACGACAUUCUCCUAUUCACUUUCGACAAGCAAUUGAGGCGACGCAUGGUAGUGGACUUUGAAACAGAGGCUAAUUUCAUGGACCACGAUGUCUUCGAAAGAAUGAAUGCCCGCAUGGACCCAUAUGAUGGCCCGCCAACCCAACUUACCACUCGCGGGGAAUUGACGCCCCUCGGUAAAGUGCAAGCAACAUGGAUUAUUGUUGGCUACGAAACGCCAUAUUGUGCCGAAUUCUACGUCGUGAAAGGUACCAGUUUCGAUAUUAUCCUCGGCACUACUUCAUGUCGGGCUAUCGGUCUUUCCUCUGUGGAUCCUAUGGUUGCCACACGACUCGAUAACUUGGAACAGACAUAGCGACUACACUAAUGUACACAUAGAAUGGAUUUGCUUUUAUUUGCUGGCGUUUACUGGGCGGGCUGAUUGGCUCGAAAUCAAACUUUUCUACCUGGCAGUGUUGCUACCUACGUAUUUCAGAGCUUAAUA